AUGCAAAAUAGUGCAAUCUACAUUCGUGCUCUACUUAUAGUGCACAUGUUGACAUCACUCCUGUCCUUAUCACCAUUCACUGCUCAAGUUGGUGUUGUUAUAAAGAACAUCGAAGAUCAAAAAAAUCUCUCUCAAGUUUGCGAUGAAUCGGACGAAACUGGAAAUUGGUUUAUCUACUGCAGUGGUAGUAUACUAUCUGCGAUAAAUCUACAUCAGCUGGAACUAGAUUCAAAAACAUUUGUCGACCGUCCACUAAAGGCUGAUCCAAAAAUUGUUCAAGACGAAUUCCUAAAAAAAUUCGGGGGACAAGCAGUGGAAAAUAUUAAUUCACAGGAAUUACUGGCUUUCCGUGAACGCUACUUUGAUAAAGAGGGAGAAGAACUAAAGAAAUGUGCUAUUCCGGAAUGGCAAAAAUUGCCGCCCAAAAUUGCUCGCAUAAAAGAUGAAACUCUGAAACAAUUUGCAAUAUUUUUAAACAAACGAUGGAAGGACUUAUGCAGGAAGAUCAAACCAAUCCAACAUCCAGAACGUCAUUCAUUGAUCAUAGUACCUGAAUCAUUCAUCGUACCAGGUGGUCGAUUCAGGGAAUUUUAUUACUGGGAUGCAUAUUGGAUUGUCAAGGGUUUGAUUGCUAGUAGCCUCUAUAAAAUGGUCAAAAAUAUGUUGAUAAACUUUCUACACUGUGUUAAAAAAUUUGGAUUUAUGCCGAAUGGUGGACGUGUUUAUUAUUUACGACGUUCGCAGCCACCGUUCUUGAUUCCAAUGGUAUAUGAGUAUUAUGAGGCUACCAAAGACACUGAAUUUAUUAGAAACAAUUUCAAAUAUCUUGUGAAAGAGUUUGAAUUUUGGAUUAAAAACAGAUCAUUGAUAGUAAGGGACAAAAAUGGAAAAAAUCACACAGUAUACCAGUAUCGUACUGUAACAAAUGUACCUCGUCCGGAAUCGUAUUUGGUUGAUGCUGAAGCUGCAGUGAAAGUCAAAAAGGAGAAUAGGUUGAAAUUUUUUCAGGAUCUUGCGUCGGCGGCUGAGUCAGGUUGGGAUUUUUCGUCACGAUGGUUUAGAGAUCGACGGACAAUGCAAUCCAUCGAAACAACUAAUAUUGUGCCAGUGGAUUUGAAUGCGUUACUUUGCUGGAAUGCUAAUAUUCUCAAAUAUUUAGCAACUAUAAGUGAUAAGAAAAAAGUAGCAGAACUGGAGAAAAAGAAAGAGAGUAUUUCGGAAGCUUUAAAUGCUAUAUUUUACAAUGACACGGAAAAGUCUUGGUUUGAUUACAAUUUACGUACCAAUUCCCAUAAAGUGAUUUUCUAUCCAUCUAAUGUGAUGCCUCUCUUCACUCAAUGCUAUUCAGAAUUGGAUUACGGAAAAGCAACUGAUAUCGUUAAUUUUAUGAAACGAUCAAAGCUUCUUGACUACCAGAAUGGUGUGCCGACAAGUCUCGAAAUGAACAGUGGAGAAAAAUGGGACUUUCCGAAUGGAUGGGCUCCUUUGCAACAUAUAAUCAUCGAAGGAAUGCGAAAAUCCAACAAUCCUGAUGUUCAAGAAUUGGCGUAUAAAUUAGCAAAAAAGUGGGUAUUGGCCAAUUAUCACGUUUAUCAAGCCACAAAUCAAAUGUGGGACAAGAUUGAUAUCGUCGGAGCAAUUCCUAAGCCGGGAAGUGGUGGAGAAUAUAACGUACAAGAUGGUUUUGGUUGGACAAAUGGUGUUAUCCUCGAUCUUCUUGUUACUUACUAUGACCGGAUGAGUGUUCCGAAAACUGAUCAAAAAGUAAAUUCUGCACCAACGCUCAACAUCACUCCUAUUUUCUGGGACUUUAUCACGCUUAUCAUAUUUAUCACUAAUGGUUCAAUAAAAGAUACUUAG